UAGUCCUCCAUUGAAAAACAUGGCGUAAAGGAACAGUGACUUGGAAGUAAAUAUGGAAGUGUCUGGGAAGAGAAAAGAUUCAUCCAAUACAAAAACAAUGUCUGGGUCCCAGGAUGAUGUGCAGCUCUAUUGUCAACCAUGUCAGCAAGAUGGUUUAAACGUACCUGCACAUGGAUACUGCCAGGAUUGUGCGGAACACUUGUGUGAUAGCUGCUAUCAAACUCACAGAAAGCCGGCACCAUGCAGACAUCAUGUACUUUUAGAUAAGAGUAAAAUGCCUAUGUCACAGAGUCAUAACCAACAUGACCUGAUCGAAGAAUGUAGGUGGCAUAGUGGGAAUCUGAUAGAAUACUUCUGCCAUCAACACCAUGCCUUUGGCUGCAGUGCCUGUAUAACUUUCGGCCACAGGAAACACCCAACCUCAGGCUUCAUUCCCUGUAUAUCACGAAACUGCAAGGUGGACUACAUUCCUUAUGUCUGUGACAAAUAUGUCACUUGUAACGAAUAUAAACUACUUGUAGAUUCACUGAAAACUGUUAAAGAGAAUUUCAAGAAGAUAACUGACGGAGCUAAAACAAACAAAAAGAAGAUCCUUGAGAACAAAACCACUGUUAAAGAUGAAAUUAAGAAGUUUCAUCAAGAAGUCAACAGUAUGUUUGUCCAACUUCAAGAACUAGCUGAUGUUCUAUUUGCUGAAGAGUCGGCUAGAAUUGAUGAUAUAGCAACAAGAUUUGACAUAUUGUUACAAGAUACUGAGGAUCUUCAAGAUAGUGUGAACACGUUAGAGAAAGGAAAUAAAACCAAUGCCCUAUACAUCAUAUCUAAGACCAGUGAAGCACUGGUACACUACUAUACAUCCACUUUGGAAAAUACACAAAGCAAUAGUUCUGUGAACACUUUUGCGUUUCAACCAAACUUGACACUAAAGAAAAUACUGUUACAGUCUGAAACUGGAAUUGGUCAACUUCACAAAAGCUACAAGUAAGUUUGAAAACAAACAAGGUAGAUCUACUUUACUUUUGAGUUAUGAACAAGGAAAUACCUUUAUGAAAAACUGAAAGCAAAGCCAUCAUGUGAAAUAAACAUGUAUCCCUAGAGUGGUUGUAAAUUGGCAGAAUAAUUGAUACAAAAAUGAAGAAGUUUUCUUAUGCAUAUAUCUUAUCUGCCAGAAAGAUGUUAAUAGUUCUUAUUAAAUAAUGAUUUGUUAAUUUACUAUAUGUAUCUGUUUGCAUCAGAAUAGCUGCUGCUGAUGCAGACAUAUCCCUUACUUUUAAUUACUUAGAUAUAAUAGUGUGUCACAACUAUAUCUCUAUUAGGAAGCACUCUCUUGUAUUUAUGUUUAGCUUCCCAAUUACGUUAUCUUGUCUUAACCAUUGAUUAAGAUUAGUAAUGCAAUCUGGUUUUAUCCCUCUUUCUUAGCAUGUAUGUAAACCUUGCAUCAACUUUAAGCAUCUACUUAUGCAGUUUGCUACUUUCAUAUAUUUUCUUAUACUGAGCCAGCCUGUAUGUGCUUUAAUGAUAACCUUUUUAUCAUUCAUUUUAUGUACGGAACAAAUAUAUGUUGAAAUAUGUCGAUUGACUUUGUGACAUUACGUUAUCUUAUUCGAGAAACGAGUCAAACUUUUCGAUACUUUGAAACUUUGCACACGCCAAAUUAUUUUGAAACUACAUUUCGCUACAUAAAUAGCGCGCACAUGUUUAAUACACCUCGGCAAAUAAAUAUACAGUUAUCAUAAAAGGGACUCAACAUCAGCCGAUAUAAACUUAAAAUCUGAUGUUAAAUCACAAAAGCUGGGUGCAUCAUUUGAUGAAUCAUUAGACAAAUCAUUAGAUACAGAGCUUUCUACAGUUCCAGAGCCAAUUAUCUUGUCUAGUAAAGUCUCAAUCGGAUUUAGAAUCGCUUGAUGCUUUGGCUUUAAGACUUGAAAGUAAAAUAUUGAGUGUAUUACGUGGUACUGAGAAUUCCGCUGGGAAAGACAUAGUUGACGGUGUCGUCGGCUGGCUUCAUACAAGAAUCAAUGAACUUGAAACUGAGAAUCAUAUAAUUAGAAAAGAAAAUAUUGAGUUGAAACAACAUGUCUCUAAGAUGGAAAAUCAGCGCAAGGCUGAUCAACAGUACAGACAUAGGAAUUUUGUGAGAAUUUCUGGUGUCGUGGAGAAAGACAAAGAAGUCCCCGAUGACCUAGUUAUGAAAAUCUGUGAUGCCUUUAAAACUGAACUUACACCUGAUGAAAUCGGCAGAUGUUACAGAGUUGGAAAGGCCAAGAAUCAUUGACCCCGGAGAUUCUCGUGAAAUUCACUUCGUACAGAAAUCGGCAGAAACUCUAUAAGAAACGCACACGUUUAAAGGAUUAAAAGCUCGGUCACCGUGGUACCUUUGUAAAUGAGCCUCUUAAACGCAAACGUGCUUUAUUGUGGUAUGCUGCUCGUAAACUAGCCCAGCAGGGUAAAUUCAUGGGUGCUUGGUCAACUGAUGGUCAAGUACUCGACAAGAAGCUUGCAGAAGGCGCAGACCACAACAACAAGGACGCUCCAAUGGAACUGAUCCGGAUAGCUUAGCAGGGCAAAUUCAUGGGUGCUUGGUCAACUGAUGGUCAAGUACUCGCCAAGAAGCUUGCAGAAGGCGCAGACUACAACAACAAGGACGCUCCAACGGAACUAAUCCGGAUUAAGUCUGAAGCAGAUUUAGUGCCUUAUAAUACCUAAAUAUAGUGAUUGAUACAAACUUUUGUUACUAAGUGUAAUAUGAUGUUCAUUGCAAAUUGUCAAUCUUAAGCAUUUAGCGCACUGCUGUUCGAAUGAAUACUAUCUAUUAUUAGAUUAUAGAUGAAUUUACGAAUACAUUUUGAACUUCUGAACAUUUAAAUUUUAGGUUAAGUCUUUCCCAUAUCACAAAAGAUGACAUUUAAUAGAAGCAUAAGUAUAGUACUAACCACGUUUUGGUGCUUUUUACCACAUAAUACGAAAUGUCGAAGGAAAAUUAUUGUAACAAAAUUGAGACGUAUACAUCUGUUGUUUAUCUCCCUUCGUACGAUGUAGAUUAUUCCUUGUACUAUCGUGAAUAAUUAUGUUGCACCAAUGAUCUUUGAUAAAUUGAACUUUAAAUGCCCUGUAAAAUUCAGUUGAUUAUUGUUUAUCUCUGAUUCGAGUAUGUAAAUGGUAAGAACAAGUCUAGUGCUAUUUUUCACAGUGAAACUGCUGUAGAUACGGAAAAGUUUCAAAAUCAUCAUGUCAUGUCUUGAAAGAAAUGCUCUUGAUUGUAUUAAAACAUUGACUUUGUUUGCUCUUCUACAAAAAAUAUUCAUUUAUCAGCGAACCACUUAAAUGCUACUGGUAUAGUAAAUGUAGGAUCAAACUAUUUACAUGUCAUACGAUGAUGAUUGUUUAUUUGUCGUUUUGCAUUUUAUAUUUUUAGCGAAAAUGUAUGACAAUUCUCAUAACAUAACCGUAUUUUAUGUUAAUAUGCAUGUAUUUAAUAACACUUAUUAAGUAAUCGAUGCUUUCAAUAUGUAUGCUAAAUCUAGAUACAGGGUAUACCCUUCCAUCAGUUUAAAACCACAAAACCAAUCAUUAAAACCCAUCUCAGAACUGUAUAAAUUAUCUAAACUUGUAAAUAAUUGCGUACUUGCAAAUUUUGUAAAGCGUAUUUAAUUAUUCAAAUUUGUGAAUUUCAUCAAAAAUGUCCUAUUGUACCACAGUACUCAAGAAUACAAUAAUAAUUAUUAUACUGAUGCCAACACAUCCACGCGCACACACAAACGCACACACAUACGCACGCACACACACACACACACACACUUACAUAUAAUAUUUAUACUGAUGCCAACGCACACACGCGCACAAUCCGGCACAAACUUUUGCAUUUAUAUCUGUGUGUCUGUCUGUCUGUCACAAAGCUUGUCCGUGCUCUAAGUCAAACAUUUUUCAUCCAAUCUUCACCAAACUUUAACAAAAUGUGUUCGACAUAAGACCAAGUUCGAUAACUAGCCAAAUCGGUCUAAGCAAUUUGGAGUUAUGGCCCUUUAAUAACCGAAAAUCGGCCUUUUUACUCAUGUCCUCACUCCAAGUCAAACAUUUCUCAUCCAGUUUCACCAAACUUGAACAAAGUGUGCUUGACCAUAAGUUCUCGGCCAGGUUCGAUAAAUCCAAAUCGGCCCAGGUACUUCAAAAUUGUGGCCUUUGAAUUACCCAGUACCAUCUACCAAAUACCACAGCUGCUGAACAUUCUCUCGUUGAAGACUCUAACAUCUUGCUGUAAACCAGAUAUAAUCACUGGUGAUUUGAACAACAACAUGCCCAAAUGUAUCUAGGAAGAUCAGCAGUUUGUGUCAGCGACUUUCUCUCUCAUAAUGUACGAAUAUAUCAGACCCAACAUACUUUACAGAAAAUUCUUCUUCACUUAAGCGGCACAUAUGGUAGGUGACAAAGGCAACUACGAACUCUUGCGAGAACAGGCAGCAAGAACAAAUUAGCAAGAACUACGACAUACAAACAUAAAAACAUAUAUAGAAAAAAUCACAGACACUAUAAUAAGCAUUUCCAAAGCAUGUUUUCCAAAAAAAAGAUGUUACAAUCAGACCAAAUGACCCACCCUGGUUUCCUCCAGACGUGAAAAAAACUCACCAGAAAAAGGCGUAGAUAUUACAGAACAACGCAUAAACAUAGAAAAAUGAUAGAUUGAAAUUUAGAAUACUUUGCAAUGGAAUAACAAACAUUAUCAGACAAUCUAAAGUCAAACACAUGCACAACUAAUCUCAAAACAACUCAACACAGUUCAAAAUCCUGGCCCCAAUUUCACGAAAAAUCUCAAGUAAUUGCUUAGCUGAGUCUCUUAUUUAAAAUGCUUGUUUUUGCCCUUUAUGCGUCUUCAAUGUUGACUUUUUCAUCAAUAUCAGACCCGUACAUGACUAUUUCAUAGAUCAGAACAAAACAAUUCUGAAUUUUUCAGAAUAUGAAUUACAAAAGUAAGAAUAAUACUUAAGCAAAUACUUAAGUUCGUUAUCUCGUGCUUAAAUAGAAAUAUCGUAUUUGCGUGACUGAAAGAAGUACUGCAGACAAAUACUACUAACCAUAGUUUAAUUUAGCUAUAAAUACAUUGGUAUAAAAAAAUCAACAUUAAAUAACAAAAGCUUAAGCAAUAGCAUGAUUUUAAAAUAACAGACUUAACUAAGUAAUUACUUAAGGUUUUUUGUGAAAUUGGGGCCUGGUGAACUUGUCUUAAAUCGUUCAUCAAACUGUCAACUUCUUCAUCUAUUCCUUCCCUUCAAGACGGCGAUGCCAUUGCUGAGGAUGAAAACUCGAAAGCAGACAUACCCAAUGACUACUUUAGAGACCAAACCCUUAAACCCUUACCUUCUUAGUGAGCUGGAGAACUUGGCACGUGCUCUAUAUGCUGACACGCCCCCCUCUUCCACAAAGCCAUAUUUCGAAUAUCGCCUGACGAAGUCAUGCUUGUCUUGAAAUCACUACCUCUUGCCAAAGCCGCUGGUUCUGAUUGCAUCAAAUAGCUCUGUAUUAAAUUAUUUUCAGCACUUGCAGAUCUGUUUAACCAAUCGCUAACAUCAUCUUUAUUUCCCGACUCUUGGAAAGAAGCGUUUGUUACACCAAUCUUUAAGGCUGGCGAUCAAUCUGUUCCAGGAAACUAUCGCCUUAUCUGUCUACUCUUUGUGCUUGGAAAGGAAUUUGAUGGAUUGUUUUCAAACACACCUUCCGUAAUCUUACAUUUCAAAUCUUCACUCAAUCAGGACUCAUCCCAGGUGACUCGACCAUAACAACUUACUUAUCUGUGUAACUUCUUGGCAGAGAUCAUUGAUUCUGGUAAGGAAGUGAGAGCAGUAUUUUGCGAUAUCAUUCAAGCAUUUGAUCGAGUGUGGAACAAGGGUUUGCUGAUAAAACUUAAACGAUGGGCAUAAAUUGUUCGCUACUCUCCAGGUUUUCCUCUUAUCUUUCUGGUUGAAGACAUCUGUUGUCAUACCCGGUGCUCAUUCCAAAUGGAAUGUCAUUAAUGCCUUGGUACCACAGGGAUUGAUCGACGUAUAUAAAUGACAUUGUCUUCAAUAUACAGGCUGACAUCAAUCUCUUCGCCGACGAUACGAAUCUCUUUCUAGAAGUUGAGGAUCCUCUCCGCUUUACGUACUCUAAAUUUUGAUUUAUUAACUUAUAAUUUCAAAUUGGGCUAACACUUGGUUGAUAAAAUUCAACCCGAAGAAGACUGAAUCAUUGAUUUUUAUCCAUAAAACUUGUACCAGAGACCAAAGCUUACAAAUGAGCAACGAGACUAUUCAAUUGGUUACAAGUCAUAAGCACCUUAAUUGGCGUGGUUCUUUCUGCCGAUUUUAAAUGACAUUGUCACAUCGGCUACACUGUAGGGAAAGCUUACCAGUGCAUAAUUGUGAUGCGAAAGUUUAAAUUUGUCCAUGACCGCCAUUCCCUCGAAACAAUAUAUACAUCUUUAAUGAUAUUCAACCUAUUCUAGAGUAUGGUGAAGUUAAUGACUCAAAACCUUGUUCCUCCAUAUCUAUCUGCUCUGUGUCCUCAACUGGUUCAAAAUCCAACAUACAAACUCAGCAACCGAGAUGACUUCAGAGUACCAAGAACUCGAACAACUCUUUACUACAAUUCUUUUGAGCCUUCUACUACACAAGCUUUCAACGACCUCCCUGUUGAUGUCCGUAGCUCUCCCACCAUGCAUGACUACUUUUGAAAUGCACCUUUUCCACCCUUCAAAUGUCUAUCCCGGUAAACGUAGGACUCGGGUAAUGCACACUCGCCUCCGAACUAACUGUAGUUCACUAUUAGACGAUCUGUAUACAAAAAGCAUUAUUACUUUACCUCUCUGGGAGUGUGGUCAUAGGGAGACUGCUCGUCACUUUUUUCUCGAGUGUCCGCUUUAUCAGAAUCUGCGUCCAGAUUUGGUAAAUGGCAUAAGUAUUCACUUCAAUACCCUCUUUGGAAACACAAAACUCUCUGACACUGCAAACGAACAGAUCUUUCUUAUUGUUCACAGAUACAUUGACAAAUCAAAUUGCUUCGACAUUUCCCGUAAAAACAAAUAUGUAAAGACUACCAACUCGGAAACAAACACCCGGUCGGCCCCCACUCUCUCUUGUUUCUUACUAGUUUUACCAGCAAUUCCAUACAUCCCUCACCUUCCCUCAUUAAUUUUUGUUACAUGUUGUUUUUUUCUUGUUGUUGUUCUACAUUUCAAACAUUUAUACCCCAUUACUACCCCAUGUACCGAUAUCUAGCAUACAUUAGGAUAGAGCUUUUAUUAGCAUUUUGCUUCCAGUUCAAUCCAUUUCGGUCGAUACAUGUACAAGUAUUUUGUAUUAUAUAAUAUUAAUAAUAUAUGAUAAUGAUGAAUAAAAUAUGUUUAAACUAAUAUGCAUUAAAGUAAAUAUUUCAUGUGUUAAGGUAGUUCUGCACAUUCGGAUAGAAAUAAUUUCUACAAAGUAGAAUUUGAUUAAACUCUGAUUUUACUGAACUUAAGAACAAACCUAGAAACCACAAAUAAAAAGAUAGGGUUGUGUGCUUGAUUUUUUCAUAGACUGAUUUUAAAAAUAGGGACCUCACGCAAUAUUUCAUAAUGGGAGUCUUUGGGAAAAUCAUAACUUUCAUAACAUUUCCGCAAAUAGAAAUUGUUCUACAAUGUAGAUUUUGAUGAAACUUCUCAGACCUGUAAAUAAAGACAUGGCCUAUAAUUUGAUAAAACAAGAGCGGUCCGUAAGACAGCCAAUGCUUGACUAUUCGAACUAUUUCCCAGAAGCAGCAAAAUAUUACCAUAAAUGUUAAAAUAUCUAUAGAGAUUCAAUCCAGUAUCUGCAUUAGUUUUGGAGAUAGUAACAUGCAUACCAAACUUUAAGUUUUUAGUUUGAAAGGGAACAUAAUUUGACAAAAAUCAUGUCAGAGUUGAUGCAAUUAACUAGCUUUAUAACCUCUAGGUACAUGAGAAGUUUCAAUUUAAUAUGUCUUGUUCUACAAAUAGCAACUUAUUUAAAACUUUAACCAAAUUUUCCAAAAAGUGGCAUAAUUUGCCCAAAAUACAGACCAGAGUUAAGGGAAUUGACCCAGUGAGGUUGGUAAUUUAUCUAGAAAAAAGAAAAAAUAAGUUUCAAAUCUAUAUGCCUUUAAGUAAUAGUUGUAUGUGUUUGCAUGCAAAACUUUAACCAGGAAUUUCUAAGUCCAAAAGAGAGCAUAAUUUGUCCAAAAUGCAGGUCAGAGUUAUGGGACUUGGUGCUAUUAACUAGUUUUAUAACCCCGAAGACACAUGUAAAAUUUCAAUUCAAUAUCUGCAUUAGUUUUGGAGAUAAUAACUUGCAUAGGAUUUCCUAAGUCAAAAAGGGGGCAUUAUUUCUUAAAAGUAAAUGUCAUAGUUAUGGGACUUGAUCCAGUUAGGUUGGUAAUUGACCUAAAAAAAGAAAAACAAAGUUUUAAAACUAUAUGCCUUUAAAUGACAGCCAUAUGUACUUGCAUGCAAAACUUUAACCAAGGUGUGACGCCGAUACCGACGCCGACACCAGGGGGAGUAGAAGUAAUAAAAUGUAUAGGUCCUUGUGCAUAUUUUUGAGAUAUCUGUCGACGAUUAAUGUAACCGGACAUUUCACAUUAAUUUUAAGACAUUAUUUUGAUUAAUUUAGCAUGUCAUAAGUUUUAAUAUCAUAUUUUGACUUUAGAAAUUUAGCAAAAGUGCCAUUGUAAUAAAUUAACUGCAAUUAAUUCAUAAAAUUAUUUCUGUAUGCCGAAUUCAAUCUUUAUACUACGUUUUAUGGAAAUAUGACGUUACGCCAUAACUUUCGGUUUAUCAAACAUGUAGAACUACCUCAAUGCAGUUUAUUUUUCAUAAAAGUGUCAAACAUUAAUUCUUUCUUUGAAUAAAUGUUUCUCUUUAUAUGAAUAAAAAAUCUAUGUAUGCUGUUUGCCAAUGCUUAGUAGGAAACUGAAGUAGACUUAGCUAAUUAUGUACAUGUGAUGAAACAUUUAGAUCAUAAUAAUUCGGAAUCACCAUACUUCUGUACCAAAUAGCAUUUUUGUUAAUAACUUGUGCAUAAUUUUUCCUUCAUCACUAUUAGAUAUUCCAGAUGAAAUACUCAUCUGUGCUAUCCUAUUCAGUAGAAAUGAACAAGAGUUAUAGUGUAUUGGAAUACAGUGAAAUGACACAGCUUUCAUGGUAUGAUGGCUGGAAAAUAUAAAUAUUUGACAAAGUAAGUAUUAUUACAUACACGUUUCUAUUCCCCGUUAAGUUACACUGGUACCGGAAACGUCAAUAUUUUCCAUACGGU